AUGGUGGCUCGUAGACUCGCCGUGCCCAGGCGCACUGUCCGCGUCGCUGGCCAUGCCGUCCGGACGACGGUGACCGCGCGGCCGGCCGUCGCGCGCAGGUGGGUCCAUACCGCACUGUGGCGCCAGCGCCGCGCGAUCCACUCCGCCGGCGGCCUCACCGUGGGUCUGGGCGUGCAGUGGACGCCGCCCGUCCGCAAGCUCCCCGCCGGAGCGGAGCCGCGCCCGGGCACGCUGCAGCUCUGCACGGGCGACUACUGCCUGGUGUUCCAGGUCGCACAGGCCGGCACGGUGCCCCGGAUCCUCCGCCGGUUCCUGGCGGACGCCCGGAUUUUGUUCGCGGCCUACAACGUGGGCUCCGACUGCCGGAAGCUGUACGCUCACCACAGGCUGGUGGUGCGGUCCCCGUUCGAGCUCCGUGGCGCGGCCGGCAUGGGCCGCGCGUCAUUGGUGGAAAUGGCGGCGAGGCUGCUAGGGAUGCGCGGGGUGGCGAAGCCGCCAGAGAUCGGCGCCAGCAAGUGGGACGGGCCGAAGCUGUCCCGCGAGCAGGUAAGGUACGCCGCUGUCGACGCGCAUAUCUCGUGCCGCCUUGGCGUGUACCUCCGCGCCGAAAGUGAGUCCUCGUCGGAAACCGAGUAUUCCGACGACGACGCGGGGUCGGCGAGCCAAACGUCGUCGGAGCCAUGGUAG